GCAGUAGACAACUCUUCCCAGUGCACGUGGCUGCUUAUUUUGGGAAGAACCUCCUAAGGGAGCAUCAUUUUGUACUGUUUAAAAGAGUGACUCCCUAAAUCCCUCCAAAUCCUGGUUCUACAAAAGGUAAGGAGAUUAUCAUUGUCAUUCGCUAGUUUCUUGUUUCUUCCUUAUCUCUGCAUCAUUCCAUCCAUUUAUGUACAGUGUAACAUAAACCUGAGGGGUAUUUUAUUUCAGGAUAAUUUAAAGGGGUUUACUUAUCGAAGGAAAACUAGCUAUUCUGGGAGCAUAGUUCUACAUUUGGAGACAUCAGCUGACACUUUCAUUUUUUUUUUUCUAUAAUAAUUGCUUGAGAUUUAUGUCCUUUUGCCCCUGAUUUCCUCCAUUUUGGCAUUAACAAAUAUGACCCAUGAUUCAUAUUAAAUGUCAGAAAACACACAUAUUGCACUAGUGCUUUGUAUUGUACUAUUUUUCUUUCUUUUCCUCUUAUAAUGGAGAUAAAAAAGAAAAAGUUUCCGUAACGUUAAAAAAAAAAAAAAAAACAGUUUCUGCUUUGUGCUCUCGGAUACUUCAUGUUUAAAAAUAGAAAAUAACUUUUUCUUUUUUUUUCUUAUCCUUCUUUUUUAAACUAAGGAUUUUUCUUUUUCCACUAUAAAUCUUUGCCCAACUACUAAAUGCCUUGAAUUAGUCCCUGGUAAUUAUUUUGGCGUUUUGGAAUACCAAGUGCUUGGGAUAAUGCUUUGCAUUCAUCGACCGCAGGCUAAUCUGCAAGAAAAAAGGCACAGACACACACACAAUGCUAUUUGCUGACAAUUCAAUAGAACUGUCACUCUGGAAUUGAAACAGUCAAGAUCAUUUCAAAUCAGGGUUGUAUUGGGAUUGCGAGAAAACCUACAUUUACUUAGUAGGAGGAACAGUCUCUUUUUUCUUUUUUGCAGUGCGAUUUCUGUUGUGUAUUUUUGUCUAAAAUAGUUGAGCGAAAAAGGUCUAGAAUUAAGUAAUCGGCACAGUUAGAUUUUCUUUGCAAGUGCUUAUUUCAGUAAUGGCGAGAAAGCUUUUAUUAACACCUUAAACUACGCCGCUUAAACUCUGGGUUAGGUAUAAUUAGACGCUGAAAAGCUGACACCUUCUGUUGAGUCGAUGUGAAAGGCUUAAUGGCCAGUAUUUGUUUUCUCAUCUGUUAUCAAACAAAUCUUAUAAGUGGGGGUGAAGUCAAUGGGAGGAUAAUUUGUCGCAAUAGGAGGAGUCAAAGUGAGUGCUUCUGUUUAUUUAGAAGUAGUUUGAGCCUCUGGGACCAGUUCUAUGGGUCAUAUGGAUAAUCCGCAGGGAUCUGCGAUAAUACAAGUUUAUAAGCCAUUAUGGGAGGCACAAGAGCAACUGUAUAUAUUAGCAAUAUGCGAUAAUAGGAGCGGUUAUAUGUAAAGCCAUAGGGUGCGAUAAUUUAUAUUGACAUAGGAUUAGGUAACAUUAAACAUAAAAUUAAAAAAAAGCAUUUAUCAGCAAGUAUACGAUAACAGCUAAUAAUACACAGAUUUACUAUCUACAGUUGUAGCAAAAUAGAAUGGCUGCUGACUGCUUCCUGUAAAGUUACAUUUAAACGGAACGUUGUUCAAAUCUGAUAAAAAUGUACUUAAAAAAAAGUUAUAAAUAAUUAGCUACUUGUAUAAUUGUAAAAACUGUAAACUUUGUAAAAUGAUAGAAAAUUGAAUGCGGCAAGUAAGAGAUAAAAUGUCAGUGGGAUUGUUUUUUUUUUUUUUUGUUUAAUUCCUUUUAUUUAUUCUGCGUUCUGAUAGGAGUUUUUUAUUUAGAUACAAAAUUACAGUGAAAUAUCACCAUUGUGCUCGAAAAAAUAAAUAAAAUAAACGUUUGCCAGAAAUUUCCUUUGACAUCAAUGUUUUAAGGCCGUGGUGGGAUAAUUUCAAUGUAGGAAGAUUUACCUGCUCACAUAUUUGUAUUUUGGAAAUCUGAGUGAUUUAACAGUCUUUCUUUAUGAAUUCAUUUUAGAAAUGAAUAAUUGAGUAGAUUAUAUUGUAUUUUUUUGUAUGUAUUUUUAUAUUUUUCAGGCAAACUUUUAACAGUUUGCUUGUAAAAUUAUGUUAUUCCAUUAGUAAUAGGAUAUUAGCGACCGAGGAUUUACACUGGAUUAUAUUCAAAGCACACGGUUUUCAAACUUAUCUAUAUAUUGACACCUGCAUUGUACUCUACGGAUGAUACGACUUAAAUGGUGGUUCUGUUUAAAUAGCUGUUGGUGGUGGGGGACUUGUAAAACAGUCAGCAGAAGAAAAUUCCAUUGGUUUCCACAGAGAUUGCUUAAAUUUCUGUACAUUGCCUCAGAAUCAUUAUUUCACCAUAAAUCCUUAUAUACUUAAAAUGCCACCUCUUUCAAACCUACAGCAAUCUGUACGCUCGCUAUCGUUACCCGAUUGCUGGACUUAAUGAAAUAAUUUGCUCAGUUGGUGCACCAUGUAAGUUGACGAGAAUUUAAUUAAUUGUAAGCUCUUGGGCUGUCUCGGACAGCUUUUAGGGUUGUAUUUUUGGCUGACCGGCUGGGCUCUCCUUUCCUUUUCUAUCGGUUUGUCUAAUUAUGCACUAUAAUAUCUUCAACCCAUACCUAUUGUAAAUCCACCGUACAUCUCUGCAGUCAAUCUGAUAAUAUGCCCGUACAAAUAACAAGAUCCACACGGAGUUAUUUUUAAAGUGUCCCUAUGAAAAAUAUUUUAAUGUAGUCACUUCUUGAAAGGAGAGAUCCUACAUUCUAUGCCCCUUCAUCCAUCGUGUUUCAUAACAUAGAGAUUUUCAUGAAAUCUCAGACUCUACGAUGUGCGCGAUAAGUAGCUACGUUUUUGUGGAGCUUUCUGUACAUCUGUAAAUUACAGCAUAUACGCCUUACUUUGUGAAAGCAGUGAGCCAGAAAACGUGUAUACAUUAAAUUUAUUUCUUACAUUGUUUGGCUCCUGGUCCCUGCUACCUCUGCCAUCAUUCCCACAACGCCAAACAGGGUAUUGCACAAUUAGAACUAAAUAAAUCAAAUAUGCAGCUUGGCGAUAUUGGGUUUAUAUGUAGUUUAAAUGCCACAGAAGAAGUACAUAUGCCUCUUGGUGAUGUUGGAUAUCCAACUAGUGUAUAUACCAGCAUAGCAAUCAAUAUGCAAUUUAGGGAGAUUGAAUUUACAUGUAGUUUAUAUGCAGGGGUAGAACAGUAACAGUAAAUGCAAUUUAGCACUAUAGUGUGUGUGUGUGUGUGUGUGUGUGUGUGUGUGUAUAUAUAUAUAUGUAUGUAUGUGUGUAUAUGUUUUAAAAAAAAAAUGUAUUCUUUCUUUUUGCGUUCACAGUAAAACAGUGGUAUACCCCAAGGCUUGCGCAGAAGCCGAAGUUCAUAAGUGCAUCAUACAUAAUAUUGUACAUCCUUGAAAAAAAUCUUUGAGUAGUUGUGCCUGGUAGCAUCAGUUGGAGUGCUGUACAAUGACAGUCUGUCAGUUUUUAAGGUUAAUAUAAACCAUAAAAUAAAACAAUUAAGAACAAAACUGAACUGUGAACCAAUGGCUCUGCGAUUCUAGAGGGGUCUCGUUACAUUAACUGAGAGGAAAGGUUAGGUCCUAGUGCGGGUGGAGGUGCGUGUGUGUUUGGACAACUCUCAUAUAUCCAGUGCUAAUCAUCGUAUUGUUCCCAUAGCUUGGAUAUAUAGUAGUUUUAAAGCUGACGAAAGACUAAAUAUGCAACGUAGCAAGAUUGAGUGAGUAAAUAUGAAGCUUACAUGCUGGCGUAGAAAUAUUGAGUUUAUAUAUUGUUUAUUUGAAGAAAUCUGUAAUUUAGCAGUAGUAGUUUUAGAAGUAGUUUAUAAAGCAGCGUAGCACUAAUUAUGCAUCUCAGUGCGAUUGGUUAUAUAUGUCGUUUUAAACACGAGUGUAGGGCUAGAUAAACAACUUAACAAUAUGGGAUAAACACAUAGUUUAUAUACAGACGUAGGACUACAUAUGCAAUUUGGUGAUAAUGGGUAUAUAUGUAGUUUUAUAUGCUGGCUGACCACUAAAUAUGCAACUUAGCGGUAUUGAGUAUAUAUGUAGUUUAUAUAGUUUGAUGGCGUAUAACUUUAUAUGCAGCUUAGCAAUAAUGCAUAUUUAAAAUGUUUUAUAUAGCCCUGGUUUUAAGAGCGUUCUACAAAUUAUGCAAAAAGAUCCUGGCUGAUUAUACAGAAAGAGGGAUAUAUAAUGAGUCACUGAUUUUAGAAAAAAAACAAAAAACAGUAUGGAACUCCAGUAUAGAAGGGAUUUACCUUUCUACAUGGUACUAUGUAAGAAAGCUAGUGAGCUUACAAUCUAGAGGAUGUAUAGUUUAUAUGCUGGUGUAGAACUAUAAAGACGCCAUAUGGCUAUUGGGUAUUGUAGAUGAUACUCUUGUAAUACUCGUAAUACUAUUUGGUACAUAAAUGGUAUAUAUGUUCCGUAGCUCAGCGAUGACUGCAUAUUUUUAUAGCAUAAAAUCAUGAGUAACGUUUUAUCCAUGUGUUUGUUAGAAGUUUUGCUUGUGCAUUGUAUACACGGUCAUAUUUCUCCUUAGAUUCUCCUCACCUUCUGCCUGAAAACUACCGUAUAUAUGACUUGUUAUUUAUCUGGUGGCAAAAUAAAUUUUAUAUCCGAUGUAUAAAUCCCUAACCCAUUGAACAGUUUUAAACUCCCGAAUUAUCAUGUACUGAAUUUAAAUAUCUAUCUGCGUUUCUGUAUUUUCAUAUAUAACAAUUUACUUAUUGUGAGAUCGGUUUGUUGUAUUCGUGCCGGUGAGAUACUUUGAAUCCGCACAUCCUUGUGUGCGUGUUUUUUUUUUAAUUAGUAUAUUUUUUAACAUUUUUUAAAUGUUUUUCACAUGAUAGAAAUAUUUUAGAAAGUGGCCAAAACGCAGAACUUUCCAGUGGUUUCUUUGAGAAAUGUCCUACUUGUGUUGUUGCUAAUCUAUUUUCUGUUAGUCCUAUUGUGUUGGUUCAGUAAAGGAAGCCGUAUAUUGAGUAAAAGAACAACACAACAUGCCUACUCUUUAAUUAAAACAUGGGUCAUCUUAACGUCAUGGGAAUUACUGCCCAUAGAACACGUGUAAAGUAAAAUAGGGAGUCAGCACACUUUGAAAAAGAAAAUCAUUACAAACUGUUCGCAAUCUAACAUAUUACACGGAAUUCUCUAUAGGUGUUUGAAAGAUGUUUCAUGACAUUUUUUUUUUUAAUAAUGGCGUCUUUAUAAAAUGCACGCUACGGCGGUGUUGGUUUAAGUUCAGUUUAAAUAAAGUUUACAUUAGUUUAAGAAUAAUCGGACUCUGGGAUUUUUAGGGCUAUGAGUACAUUGGUCCUUGACAUCCAAAUGCAAUUUGUAAGUUCAUAUUAAGAUCAUACCACCGUCGGAUGUUUUUGUCUCCUUUCGUUCUCUUGCGUCUUCUGCCUCUGAUUUUAUUUACUUUCUAUAUUUACGUAACUGCAAAUUCUGCAAAUAAAUGUCAAAUAAUCUACUAAACCACUUUGCUCAGGUUUUCUCUUUUGUGCGGUCUUUCAGAGACUGGAGGCUCAUUUUAUAUUUUGUAUCUGUAGCCAUUCCGAAUUUGUUAGCAUCGUUUAUAAAGCAACGGCCUAUCGUGCGAGCAUUGUACAGUGAGCGAUCAAAGCUCCGAUAAGGGGUUAUAGAGAGUAUCAUAUGUAAUUCCACAUACCGGUACAAACAGAAAAGAGAGCCCUGAUCAAAUGAAUUUGGCUGCUGCGGAAAGCAUCAAUUAAUCGCAGAUAACAGGAGGAGGACGAUUGUAAAGUGUUUUGGGAAAAAGAGACAUUGUUUUCACCACUAAACAAAUCAUCUCCUUCCUUCUUCCGCCGUCACCCGACUCGAGGAGGGGUCAUACGGGUUCACCCCAGGGCUGCUGGGAGCUUGGGGUGUCCACAUGAUGUGAAUGUUACACCCCUUAGUCACAGAGCAAGAGAAAACAAGCAUACAUACCCUGUUUCAACAGAACCUGACAUUCAAGCAUUCUGCACUCAGCCAUUCAGCGCCUAUUGUCUCCCCAAGACAAAGUUGUCUGGUUGCCUUUGUCAGAUCGAUAUUAAAAUCAUUAAAGGCCUUUUCAGUAUAGAAAUCAGCACAGAACAGAGGUCAAAUCACUUGGUUUCCCAUCUAAUUCGGCCUGAAUAUUAAAUGGCUAGAGAGAGAGAUCUCCUAGAAUUCGCUCACAAUGGCUAAAAAUGGAUUAGCGGGGCUGGGGAGGCAGAAUCGUUGCUUCGGAUCCAAGCCGUAAACACCAAGCUUCUGUGUUCAUCUGAAGGGCCAGUAUCAUGGUAAUACGGGCUUUAGAAACCCAGCACUUGCUUUAUUUACAAACCACUGUUCUAAGGUUGAGUGGCAUUGCGGAAAGUAAAAAAAAAAAAAAAAUACAGGGGAAAAAAAACCUUGCUUUCCACUCCAGUUAAUACAUAAAUAAAUGCAUUUUCUUCUCUGUAUUUAAAGAUUGGAUUUCUCAAUUAAGAAGAAAAAAUACUCAGAUCUCUAAUUAAAAUAUCUUCUUUGUUUCAAAAAGUGAAAUUUCUAAAACCUUAAAAAUCUUCUACCGAAUAUUUACUGAAUAUCAAUAAAAUGCUCAAAGCGCUAUAGUUGGGUAAAAAAGGUAUCAAAUCUUAAUUUUUUUUUUAACUGUACACAGAGCUCUUAAAGCAUCACUGUCACAGUAUGGGGCCGCUGGUGGGUAAAGGUGAGUUUGCUUCACUAAUUCUGUCCCUUGCAGGCGUGGACAUCUUGGUCCAGCAUGGUCCUUUUGUAUCUAAGGGAAUCAACACAGUAAAGGAAGAGACUAUAUUUAAAAGAAGAAAAACUACCACAACAAGAGGACAUAGUUUUAAAUUAGAGGGACAAAGGUUUAAAAAUAAUAUCAAGAAGUAUUACUUUACUGAGAGGGUAGUGGAUGCAUGGAAUAGCCUUCCAGCUGGAGUGGUAGAGGUUAACACAGUAAAGGAGUUUAAGCAUGUGUGGGAUAGGCAUAAGGCUAUCCUAACUAUAAGAUAAGGCCAGGGACUAAUGAAAGUAUUUAGAAAAUUGGGCAGACUAGAUGGGCCGAAUGGUUCUUAUCUGCCGUCACAUUCUAUGUUUCUAUGUUUCUAUAUCCUCUUCGGCGCCAACGUUACUGCUGUAUAUAUGUAGUUUUAUAUGCUGGCUGAAAACUAAAUAUGCAACGUAGCGGUAUUGAGUAUAUAUGUAGUUUAUAUAGUUUGGUGGCGUAUAACGUUAUAUGCAGCUUAGCAAUAAUGGAUAUUUAAAAUGUUUUAUAUAGCCAUGGUUUUAAGAGCGUACUACAAAUUAUGCAAAAAGAUCCUGGCUGAUUAUACAGAAAGAGGGAUAUAUAAUGAGUCACUGAUUUAUAAAUAAUAAUAAAAAAAGCAGUAUGGAACUCCAGUAUAGAAGGGAUUUACCUUUCUACAAGGUACUAUGUAAGAAAGCCAGUGAGCUUACAAUCUAGAGGAUGUAUAGUUUAUAUGCUGGUGUAGAACUAUGAAGACGCCGUAUGGCUAUUGGGUAUUGUAGAUGAAACUCUUGGCCAUCUUGGUCCAGCGUGGUCCUCUUCGGCGCCAACGUUACUGCUGAACUCUAGCGCAUGCGCAAGAGUUCAGCAUGAGGUCUAUGGAGGAUCCUGUGAGACCGCAGAAUCCUCCAUACACAAAGCCAAUUCCCUGCGGCUGUCGGGAUUGAUUCUUAGCCUUGAGUCUAAAAAGGUCAUGCCAGGGAGAAAUAUAGAAAUCCAGCCCCUACUUUGUCUCUGUGUUGGAAUUGUACUGAAAGUCCAACCUGGUCAAGAGACACAGUCAUUAAGAAUAUUUCAUAAAGAUUCUAUCUUUAUGAAAUACUGAUUUUUUUUUUUGGAAGGGGGGGGUUGUGACCGUGCCCCAUUAAACUAUUCUGAUCAUUUCUUUCAAUCAAAACUAUUUAUUUUUCUUGCUUUGUUUGUGUGCUAUACAAAUCCAUAGAUAGAUUUUAAUUUUUUUAUUUUUUUAUUAUUAUUUAUUUUAUUUUUUUAUAUAUUUUUUUGUUUAAUAGCUGCUUUUUGGUUUAGGGGAAGCAAACAGGAAGGUAAUUAUUUCUUGGUCCAUUUGUUGGCUAAAUAAAUGAAUAAUGAGGCUUUUUGAUAGUAAAAAUAAUCUACAUGAGGGUCAUUGAUGAUAUAUUUAUCAGCCCUACCGGACCACGUAGAUAAUGUACCUACUAAUCGGUUUAUAAAUACCUCGCUAUGUUCCAAAUGACAAUGGUCACUUGGAUAAUCCACACGAUACAGAAUUUGUAUGUUAAAAUAUAGGAUCGCAUAGCAUUAAACUUGGAAAGCUGCCCCUAUAAAUGCUUCUUAAAAUACAGUUUAUAAGGAAGUCAAUUUCUCAAAUAGCCAGUAGAGUUCACUAGAGUCAGUCUAUUCUAGUUUAAAUCCCUACUUUUUUGCAUCAUACCAUUAAUUCGUUUCAUAUUCUUACACAGUUUGCUAGAUUUUUUUUUUAAUUUUUUUUAUUUUUUAGAAUUCUUUAUUUUUGCAGUGCAUAGGUUAGUUAACAGGCUUACAUUGACAUUUUUAAAUGAAAAAAGACCAUGAAGUUGAAAGCAAGAUUGUCGGAAAACUUUUAAAAAUAUAACAGGAAAAAUAAUGAUGAAAAUUAUAUACCGUGCGUAGGGGUGAUAGUGAAAGUUGUGUUAAAGCAAUUGCAUUUCCUAGGCACUGAUAUUGAUUGCCACAAAUAAUGACAAGCAUAGUCAAAGUAAAUAACUAGAUUAUGAGAAUCAAGCUAAAUAAAAUCAUGAGAUAAUAACAAAUAUGAUUACCACCGGGUGUCAGUCGCAGAAUUGUGUGUCGAAGAAGAGAUAACUAUAGACAGAACUGCUCUAAAAUAAUACAGCAGAGUUUGGGUAAACCGAGGCAUGGAAGGUGUGAGCGAGGAGACAGGUUAAUUAGCCUAUGCCUGACAGCUCAUGUGUGCUGCCCCGACUGCAGAAUAGCCCCAAGUCUCGCACAUCUGAACCCCACCAGCCCCAGGCUGCCAAACUGUUUGAUGCGCUUGAGCCACAAGUCUCUUCCUGAGCUGUGUCCAGGGCUUGGUCUCUGAGCCCUCCAAGAUGUUGGUUCUGCUUACAGUGGGUGAGGAUCCCAAGAGGAUGUGGGAAUUGUGCAGAGUGGUGUCCCAGUUUGGACCGUGGUCCAGGGGGGUGGCGGUUCACAGCAGACCCGAGCCACCUGCAUCGAGGUUCAGGAUCGUGGGCCCCUGGGUUCAUCUGAAUCCGGGUGUGUGGGCGGCGGUGGAGCAGAUGGGCAUCCGGCCCAGGAGAAGGGCGAGCGUUUGGGAUCACUUGUGCUGCUCAUUUGUGCUGCAAGAGGUGCUGGUAAGUGGGGGGUUGUGUGCAAAACUGGUCUCCGGUUCGGAGGUGUGGACACCUGCUGCGAGCACCUGUAUAUAAUGCAGUGUAUGCGGUUGCAGCAGCCUUGUACAAGAUUCAACCCGGUGCCAGAAAGCUGUGCAGAUCUCGUCGAAAGCAGCCAGGAACAUGCCGUGGGGAGCCGCUGCAGCUGGGCAGACUGUCACGGUAGUGCUAGGAGUGCUUGAUGGUUUUUUCCCCCCAGUGGGGGCCGUGAUAUCCCCCACCAGUCCAGAGGUGCGGAGACUGGGCAGCUGCUUCACACCUAUAGUCCUAGGCUGUGAGAUUGUCUGUUUCUCCCCUGUGUGGUGCAAGCCAGUUGAGUAGGCCUCAGUAGCUUUGUUAAGCCACAGGCUACAAAGUGUGACUACAGAAUUGCACCAAAGGGCUCCCCAACAGUCAGUCAGGUUAUGAGUCGCUUGGAUAGUUCUGUGGGUUGCCACUUCGCUUUAUGUAUUACUCAGAUUAUGUGAAGGGCUCACAUGAAACACAGCCGUUGGCCAUGAUGGUAAGGCCCUGCCCCGGAUUCCUAUUUCCAGCGCCGCGCGGGUCAGCCGGUGGGCUAGAUUUCUUAAAUAACGAAUGGAUCAAAAUAUCUCCACAUAUGCUUUUAUCUCUGUAUAUUUCUGUCAAUAAAACAUAAGGCUUUAUUCUCUAAGCAGUAAAUUGUAAAAAGAUUAUUUAUUUAUAUAUAUAGUGGUGUGUAUUCUCACGUUUAUUAAUUAGCGGACCAGCUAGUAAUCAAUAUUACAAAAUAAACACAUUUUAGUUCAGAAAUCAUUUUAAGACAUACAUUUACUGCACAUUCUGUUGUCGCUUUCUGUAACCGCUGUCUCCUAAUUAAAGUAACAGUAUGCAUUCUGACGAUGGACCCUUUUAAUGCAGAUGUUUGAAAUUAGCAGCCCAGAACUCUCAUUCAAUACUGAUAAUGACUGUGCCGUAGGUGUACCUGCACCAGUGCAGCAACGCUAAAUAACGAUGUCUUUGUUGAGUUUCUUACUGAAAAGCUGCACGUACAGACUUAAGCACCAUGACUACUUCGUAAUUUCUUAACUUAAAGGGACCAUGUAAUCACCAGAACAACUAUUACUUAUUAAAGUUAUUCUGGUGAGUAUAGUCAGUUCCUGCAAGCCUUUUAAUGUAAACACUGUAUUUUCAGAGAAAAGGCAGGGUUUACAUUAUAGCCUUGGAACACCGGUAGUGACCACUCCUCACAAGUCUCUUCAGACGGCUAUUACAGGUGCUUGCUUGGUCAGUGCUGACGUUCAUCAUGUUUACGCUCUGCAUGGAAGCACUGAACUUCCCAUAGUUAUGCAUUGAGUCAAUGCAUCUCUAUUAGGAGAUGCUGAUUGUCCAGGGCAGCGUUCGGCUCCGCCCACGGCAUGCCUUCUUGCCUAAGAUCAUCAAAAUUUAUGAUCUCAGCCAAUGAUGCUGAUCAAGGGCAGAGCCAGUGCUGGCGACUUCCAUGCUGGAAAUAAGGUGAGUUGUUACUAGUUUUAAGGCGAGGCGCUAAAUAGUUUAACACUAUAGAGUCAGGAAUACAUUUGUGUGUUUCUGACCCCUAUAAUGUUCCUGUAAGUAUUUAUUUGGGGUGAAGAGCCUUGAGUCGCAGUAGGAGAAAAAGCUCUGUAUUAAUUUCAUUUUUUUUACCUGACCCCUGUUUGGAAUAUUUAGACUGAUCAAGAUAGCAUUUGAAAGAUAGACUAGUUUAGAGAUAAAAUUGUAAGAGGGAAUCCUCUGUUGUAGAAACUGUGAAGUCAGUACAGCAUUAAAAAAAAAAUACACAUCCCAGCCUUGUUAGCAGAGAUGGAUUGUCAUAUAUUUCCCCAGCACACAGUAUAAUGCUGCGUCUAAGAAUUUUAGGUAAGGAUGUGAACAUGAACCUCUUAAUGGGCACUGCUAACUGAUAAAUCUGAGUUUUAGCCAAAUCCACGGGGUUGCCCUUGAGUCUUAGGUAUCUUAAACUCCAGGUUUCGUGAAUGAACACAACUGAAGACUUUUGAAGUUUCCUGACUGAUACUGUAAUUAAGAAAUUCCGCUCUUCACCUCCCUAGCUAUCCUCUAAUUUGUCAAAGUCUCCAGUGAUAUGUCCUCCAGUUUUUAAAGAUUGACAAGCCCUUUACCCCUGUUGUGAAAUGCCAGUAACAGACCAAAUGUUAUCCAUAACCCCUACAGAGCACAAAUAGGCCAAUACAAGCAAUGUCUGUAAUUAGUGACGGUUUCCAACUUACUGUGGAAUAACCUUAACCUGUGCUUUUAUUCCUUUACCUAAUGUCUUGGAUUCUGGUAAAUGUGGCAAUGGUAGGGGCUUUGAUUAGAGGACAAUAUUUAAAUAUCUUUUUACUUGCUGCUGUAGUCUUUGAUGUCCCAUAACAAAAACCUCACAAGGGUGCUUUUCGUUAUGAUCAUUAACCACAGGUCUUAAGACCAAUGUGCCUGAAUUGCAACCCAUUGCUUCUGUAAUAAUGACCAAUUUUACAAAUGUAAUUAAUAAACACCCAGCUCAAAGCUCUAUUUGCAUAGGUUACACAAGGCGUCCUUUUCUAUAAAGUAAAUUUAUAUUUGUUUAACUUAAUUAUUUUGUACAACAUAAUUGUAUCAGAGCAGUUGUUUGUUGUUUUUCAAACUUACCCACUGACUUUCUUCUUGAAACAAAUUUGGAGAUAUUGGGUACCCCAACUUGGCAGAAUUAGGAAAGCCAUUAAAAUAGAUGUACCGACAAUGUUACUGUAUCAAGGGAUCAUGGAUAAAUUAAACUUGCAUGAAAUGCCAACUCUGUGCCUUUCCAGACAUCAAUUGUAAUCUCUAUCUGAAAUUUUAAAUAUCUUAAACACGUAUAAGUGCUAGCCACUUUUUUAUGUAACACAGGACAGAUUUUCUUUAAAAGCUAUGUGAGAAAAAUGUAGCUUCUUUUUAAUUUUUUUUUUGCAUUACAGUUUCCAAAGCAUCUUUUCAUUGGAAAUGCAAAUAAAAUGAAAUGUAAGUAAAAUCCGGUGCUGUUUAAUCCCGGUCAAUCACUUUGUUAGUAACCUUUCUUUCAAUCUCUCUCGGAGCACAGAACCGCAGCCAAUUCUUUUCUGUAAACUUUAUUACAAGAAGUGCUAAUUCGGAAAAGAAAGUGUAAAAUACAGCUUAUAAACCCCCCAAUGAGGCAUUUGUUUCAGUAACAGGGCCACUGUAAAUGGGAGGUGGGUCCAACUCCCUGCUCUGUGUAGAAUCCAGACUCUCCUUGCUCCGGCCUGCUAAUGGGCAGAACUGCUGCCUGCCUUCUCUCCUUGUUACCGAUUCAGAGGAAAAGCCAUUAAUUAAAAUUGCACUGCUGUGUGAUGUCUAUAGAGACAAAGGGGAGGCUGUGAAAAUGACCCCAUGCAGAGUAACCCUUCCUUUCUACCGUGUACCAGACACCUUGAACAUUUUAAUGAUUGUUAAAUACCUGAUAACUUUUUAUAUUUAUAUAUUUUUCAUUGUGUGUUCUUUCUUUUAAAUGGUAACACAUAUAAGAAUCGAAGUAAUGCGGUUGCAAAGUUUGCUUGUAAGCAGUAGCAGUCUAUCGGAAGGCCUGUUGGCUGAGUACAAUGGUCAAGUCUUGUGAUGGACUUGCAACUUUCCUUAAGGAAGUUGGAUCUCGGGUGCUGAGAUUCAGUGCAAAGUUGUCUUGGUGGCUGAACAGACUUGUAGACAAUGAAUAAUGUUAGAUGUUAUGGACCUAGAGCUGAAGGAACAAAAUUGGAGGCAACUUCAAAAAUUGUAGCCAGAGAGCCAGGGCCAACAACGCCAGUUCAUACUCUGAAAAAUGAAGCCAGUCAAGAGGGUCAAUAACAUGAGUAAUCAAGAAAUAAAAAUUUAGAUAAAAUAUUUGCCAUACACCUGUUAUUUUACAACAUAUCCACUUUUUCUUAGUUUCUUCUGAGGUUGGCAGAAACCUAAUGGACUUAUUGACCAAUAUCACCAGGACAAUGAUUGAACAGCAUGUGGACGACCAAGCCUUAAAGAGGAAGAACUGAAGGAACUGGCCUGGAAUGUAGACCAAUAGAGCGGUAGCCAGAACUGUAGAAGAAUACAAAGUCCUAAAGAUUUAGUAAUGCAUUAUUAAUGCAAUAUAUAUAUAUAUAUAUAUAUUUUUAUAAUAAAAAAUUGGGUUUGAUCAGAACAAUGAGGAGUUUUUUCAAAUGUUUGAAAAUUAUAAGUAACAUUUCCAAAUGUCUCCUACUACUGAGAUUGACGGGUAGGGACGGGAGAAUAUAAUAUAUGUAACACAGGACAUAUAUUCCACAGAGCCCUAGUCCUAGCAGGGACUCUUCUCCACUGGAUCCACCAAAGUACAAUCGGGAACAAGAGAAACGCCAAAUAAAUAUCCCACCUCCUCCCCAGCAACUGGACGACACACAGUUCUGGGAGUACAACUGAAGUUUAUUGAGGCACACACGGCUUUUAUGCCCAGUCCCAUGCAAGGGGUUUUCAACACAACAAUACAGGGGUUUCAAUCCCAGGAUCCUCUGUGCCUGAGAGAUAAUUGCAUGAGAAAAAUCAUCUAAUUUAAUUAUCUCUCAGGUACAGAAUAUCCAACAAAAUAUUCUGUACCCUCCACCGUACAUAGAAACCCCACAAAAAGUACAUUUCCCGAUAGCCCCAAUCUGAAUGUGUAACAUAUCCAAGAAUCACUCAGAUCGGUCCAGUGAAACGGAAAUGCUAUCGAGGUAAAGUUUUGACACAAGGCACUAGCCCAAAACAGUUCCAGGGAAAUAGGUGCCCUGUGCGAACACCAUGCAAGGGAAUUUCUUAAUUUCAGGAUACGAAUGCUCCCGCUGUUCAGUAGUUCAUAUCUCCCAAACGUCUAGGUGGUGUGGAAAUAGAACUGGCAGCACUCUAAGUUUUACCGGCGUUUGCACGAGGGCCUAGUCGGAAAGCGUUCCAGGCACUUGACGACCAACUACUGCAGCCCACGUUCGGGAGACAAAAUGGCCGCCACUCUUUUGUCUGCCACGUGUUCGGUUAUACUAAAGCAUUCAUUAACUACUUCCCUUGCGGUUUUGCACUCACCUCUAAACGUUCUAAUCGGGUACAGGGGUGUUCCUCGUUCGGGAGACGAAAGAAUUCUGUUCGUAUGAAGUCUCUUGAACAAAGAUAGGAUGAAACAGGCUAAAUAAAAGGGGAAAGUAUAUAUGAAAGUAUUUGUGAGGUCUCCAUUCUGCUACAUAUAUAUAUUUAUAUUUUUUCACUUGACCCAUUUGAAAUCAAAGCUACAUACUGAAUGUCUGCAUUUUCAGCCAAUCGUAACGCAGUUUGAAGUCCAGCCAAGUCUGAUCAUUGACCAAAAAUGCACAGCUGAGAAUAUAAACCAAAAAAAUGGUACUUGUGCACUAUACCAAAGCCCCAUGCACAUUUACAUAACUGAAAGUUUUUUAGUAUCGUUCGAAUGGCCAUUAAAGUGUAAGAUCACCUUCCGCAUCAAGGCUACUCUAACAAGGCGUUUAUGUUGAUGCAUUACAGCCUCUUUAUUAGAAAUAUUUUAAAUAAUCCACAGUUUUAAGUAUAAUGCGUGUUAAACAUGUAACAUUUAUCACUACCGUUUUGAUGAGUCAAAAUAGAGCUGUCAAAGUGAAGCUACUGGGAGCAAAACGUUUACUUACAGACAAAAUUCGAUAUUGCAAUUACAUAUAAAUUGAUUGAUUUAAAGAUGUUCAGUCAACUCUCUCAGCUGAUUGGAAUGUUCUUUUUAAAGCAGAAUCGUGUGAGGUCUACUAUGAAAGCAGGGAAAAUUAUAGAUCAGGAAGCAACAAAUUUGUUUCAAUGUAACUAGUUCUUGUUACUGGUUUCUAGUAAAAUUUCUCCUUUUUCAUUGUUUCUACCAAUACUAAAUAUAACAUUAAAUAUUUCACUGUAGUCAUUGGUUCUUACAAUCAGUGUUCAGGGAAUUGUAAUCUUCCCAGAAAUGUACAUGUAGGUAUAUUGAUAUCAUUCUUUCUUGACAGAUCCAUCUCUGUUAAUGAAAGAGAUACCAGUGCAGAGAGUAUAAACAUGUGCUAUUUAAAGGGAAUUUGAAAUAAUGAACUCAUUGUGUAAAUGUAGCCAUCCAGGUGUCUGAUUGUACUUCCUACUACCGUCUUAGCAACAUUGCAACAGCAGCAGGGCUUAUGCAUCCCACACUCUCAGCCAAUAUCUGCUGUCCUGGUUGGAUGAGGUUGACCUUGACAAUGUAGAAGUGUUAAUUUUGCAGUAUCAAUGUAGUCAUGGUGGGGGACGGUCUCCAGGCACCGUGAAGAUUCAAACUGUUUCUAGACGAUUAGACAUAAAAACAUCGACUGUGUCACAAGACUCAAAGUUGCUGACCUGUAGUGGUUUAGAAUUUUCAUUUUAGAAAUGAGAACAAACUGAGUAUAUUUUGAAACAUGUCUGUUGGCCAAAAGCUACUUUAUGGACUUAUUUAGCGUCUGGUAUCCCAACUAUAACCAUAAAAUAUAUAAAGCUGGCAUGUAACAUUUAUUAUGCCUUGUCUUACUAAUAUCAUAAAUUUCUUACUCCAGCUCAGAGUACUGAGCAUUGCCACUGCUGCUAUAUUUAAUUUCUUGCAGGGAUGCGUGGACAGGAGACUUCCUUGUACCACAAAUCACUCUAUGAGCAUUAAUUGUUUAGUCCCUCAGUUUCCCUACAUAUAGCCAGAUUGUGAUAAAGAAUCACAAUGGGAGAACUGCUUUAAGCCUACGUGAGUAAACUAUAGGGAUCUCAGACAAGCAUUUUAUGAUAAGCAUCCUUCUACUUAGCAAAUGUGUAAGGGCCUGCCAGCAUGGCAUCAUGGGAGUCACACUGAUUUGCAUUCUAUGCCAGGCAUUGUGCCUUGACAGUCUCACUAUAAAUAAAAAAAACCUGUAAAAAUAAAUAAAUCCUAAAGGUAGUUUUCAGUUGGAUACUGGUCUGUCAAAUAUCCAUGAAGUGUCUGUUUUAAAAACUGGACAAGUUAAAAAAUAAAUUAAAAAAAUAGUAUUUUGAUCAUUUUAUUUGCUUUAGAACACAAUUUAGGAUUAAAAAAAAACAAAAAAAAAAAACAUAAAAAUAUAUAUAAACAAACAUUGGAUAUGCUUAUGCUGCAACUACCAUGGUUCCAUUAUCCUACCUUGUAGAUGAGUUUAUCGUUGUUUAAGUGGAAUAGUUUUCAGGGAUGUGGAAUGAAAGUGGAUUUAUACAUGUGCAUUAUGAGCAAUCAUUUUUGGUUUCUAUAUUUCAACUUGCAAUGAUUGUACGUGUGUUGACUUCAUUGCCAUAGUGACAGUGGUCGAUCACCAUUCCAUUAGUUUUCUGUAGUACCUUUGCUACACCCGACUCUCUCGUUAGUUACCGUCUUCUUGAGAGCUACAGUGAUUUUAAUACUAUCGUGCAGGCGCUGGUAAAAUAUAAGAUCUAGAAUACAGUUACCCCGACAGUGCUGGAUUUUGCCGUAUCCAGUCUACAUCAUAGUUUGACUUUCUACUAGACUAGUUAUCUCUCCUCAUUGUUGAGUACUGCUUCAUUCCAGUUGCCUUAAACUAUGCGACUGAUAAGUUUUACUUAAUCAGCUUGCAACAUUUUAGGGGAAAACAGGAAAUUUGAAAAACUUGGCUGAAUUGUGGAUUUCUUUAUAAUCUAACUAAUUUAGAUGUCUUGGCCUACAUUUUACAAAUCAAGUUGUCCUUACAAUAUAACUUUCUGAUUGGUUUAUAGACCCCCAAAUAAAUCCUUCAUACCUCUGCUGUGUUGUAGAAUUUUGGCAUAUAUCGGACAAUGGGGGACGAGGGGGGAUAAUUUGGAUACAUAAUUAUGUCACACUUACUCACUCCUCUACCCCCCUCCCAAAUCGGCUUCCAACUCAUUAAAGAUUUUUACAGGCAGUUAAACAGCAGCAAUUUAACAAAUUUAUCCAGCGGUAAAUGUAUCUGUGAAUGGGACAUCCUGCUAUGCGAGAGGGGAUUUAGUAUAGAGGAGGGAGGGAUCAGAGCUUUCUUGCGGAGAGGCUGCAGUUGCCACAGGCACCCAACUGUUUCAGGGAAGCUGGGAGAAGAUUAAUCAGACACUAAUUCGAUUUGCAACAGACAGAUUUUUUUAUUUUUUUUUAAAACACUCACUGUUUAGGAAUUCAACAAGGGCAUACGGACAGAAAAGAGUGGGGUAAAUUAACAUAGACUCCCAUUUGCAAUCUUUUCUGGUGGAGCCUGACCCCGUUUUCUGUGUCUCUUUUUUUUUUUGUCAAUAAAAGUGCUGGUUAGAGCUUGCUCCCAUUGAAUGACAAAUUUAUGAGACUGGAUAAAAAGGAGGGUAUCUCAGUCCCUUUAAAUACGGCUGCCCGAUUAAUGAGGGCUAUCAACGUCUUCCAGCUAAGAAUGGGCUAAGUGCUGAGAAAACAAAUUGAAAAAGAUGUUUGGGUGGCGAGCGCCCCAUAUCUUUCAUUUUAUUUUGGCCCCAGGAGCUGUUUGCUCUGCCUGCAUGUGUGCAGAACAAUUUCAAAGUCUUCCUACAUCUGCUGAUAAGACAGGGAUUUGUAAAGGUGUUUUGAAAGGUUUCAAAUCAAUCUUCCUGGGAUGAGGGGGGAACGACACAAUGCAAUUGUCUAACGUGCCGGAGAACCCCCCCCUUUAAUCCUGCAACACUUUCUGUUUAUGGUUGAGUUAAUCUGAGUUAACUCUUGAGUGCUUAUAGGACCAAAGGGGGAAAAAAAAUAGCACAAUGAAUGUACUUAGCUGGAAUCCCACUCGGUGGUGAGAAAAUCUUUUCAAUGGCUGCUAAUCAGGCUAAUCAGGGGAAUCUCUUCUUUACACACAAGCAUUCUGAUACAGCCCCUUAUAGUGCAGAUGAGACUAGAUUAGCACAUUGAGCAACUUGGUCUUGAGGGCCAUAUGGGACUUGUAAAUAUCCAGACAUUAUAUGUGGUGCAGUAGCUGUGUGUUAAAUAUUAAAGUCAAUACUAAUACAGUAUUAGAGGUAGGUUCAUGUCAUAGUUCUCUGUUCGAGGUAGAUGCCUGUUAUUUUUCACUCUAAAAGGCAAGAGUUUUCUGAAUUUUUUUCUCUGCGAUAUGAGUGAUGUCUGCAUUUCUUUGUUAGAGGUAAGUGUCUGAUGUUCCUCUUUUAGCAGUCAAAGGUAGGUGUGUAUUAGAGUUCUCUAUCAGAGGUAGUCUGUGAUGUCCCUGUAUUAUGUUAGGGGCCGGUCAUAUUUCUUUCUGCGAGGUAGGUACCUGUGAUAGUUUUCUGUUAGAGUUGUGUUUCUGUAAUGAGAUGAGAGGAAGGUGUCCAUAAAGGUUGGUGCCUGUUAUUCCUCUAUUAGAGUUCACAUGUAGGAGGUUGCCAUUUUUCUUGUUAGAGGUAGGUGUCUGUGAUAUUUAUCUGUUAAAGGUUGGUAUCUAUAAUAACAUUAGGACACACCGCUCACAUCAUUUUAAUACACAGAUAUUAGUACAUAAUAAUAACAACGAAUCUCUAAUACCUUAGAACGUGUACCACUCAUCUCUAAGUACAUAGCUUAGAACACGUACCACUCAUCUCUUAAUACAUAGCCUAGAACACAUACUACUCCACUUUUAAUACAUAGCUGAGAACACUUACCACUCGACUCUUAAAGAAACACUAUAGUAACCCAGAUCACAUCAUCUCAAUCAAGAGGUCUGGGUGACUAUAGUGUUCCUGUCCCCUUAACCUUAAGGAUUAACUCCUCCUCUAGUGGCUGGCAUAAGCUUUCCUAUGGGGAAUUUUGAAUGUGCAUGCAGCAAUUGCUGCGCAUGCACAUUAGUUCCCCAAAUGCUCUUCUAUGAUGAACUUGGGAAUGGACCCUCACAGAGAAGGAGAAGUCGGCAGCACCGAAGGAGCCUCAGCGCUGGAAUAAGGUAAGUAAAACAGAUUAGUAUUCCUAACGCUAUAGUCUCCCUUUAAUAUAUAGCUAAGAACCACUCACCUCUUAAUAUAUAGCUUAAAACCGAUACUUCCAGACACCUUUUUAUACACCAGGGACAUGCUUUUUUUUAUGUAAUAAAUCGCCAAUAAUACAUUUCUGCCAUUGUUUGUUUUUGUUUUGUUUUUUGUUUUCUUUCACUAAUGGCGGUUAUCAGGGUAGGUGGAUGGAAGACGGGAGAUAAGGGUAUGGAUAAGAAGAGUUUUAGAAUAAGAGGAUAUAGUUACAUACAGCAGCAAAACAUGCGUGGCAUUUUAUGUAUUUGGAUGUUCGUGUUUGUUAAAUGUUAGGCACUAUAAUGUGGGCUGGUGUAGGUUUCCAGAUUCCAUGUGGGCAGAAAUGUAAAUGGAAAGCCAAAGGUUAUCUUUGAUUGAACAACUUCAAACUUAGUGUCACGAAUUAUAGUAUUGAAAAACAGCGAGCAUCUGUCAAGCUUUGUACAAAAGAAACAAUUAUACAUUACUGGUUUUUUUGUAUCUUCGCAAAAUAAAUGUAUCAAAACCAUAUCCAACUACAUUUUGAUCAACAAUACAAAUUUACUCCUUUGACCCACAGAGAAAUAUUUGAUGGACUUGAUUCAUAAAAGUUUAAUGGACUGGCAGCAUACAUUAACUUUAGAGCCAGGACAGCACCUAAAGUUUUGGUGUAAUUGCUGGAAACCAAAGCAUGAUGUUGGAUUGUCUACUAUACUGGUGGGAUCCAAUACUCUGUUUAAGAAUAUCAUUGACAUUUUAUAAUUAUUCCUGGAUGGAAUGCAUCCGCUUUGUUCUUUGUCUAGGCUCGGACUGCAUUCCAUUAUGAUAAUAUAAAGCUGUAAUGGGUACUCAUUCUCAACACUUAUCUGGAAGACCAUCGCAUCCUAUCCCAUUCCAAACAACUGGUCCAUUUAACAAGCAUGUGUUUGCCCGAGCUACUGUUAGUACUUAACAAUGAUAUAAAAUUAUAUGCGAGUAUUAUGACAAACUAGGUAUGUAUGUUCACACUGUCUGCAUAGUUUUGUCUCAGACAGUAAGGCUAGAAAUUAUGAUAAGAAAAUCCUUAACAUCCUGAUCAGUGUUAAUUUGGGGUCCAUUCUCUUGACCCUUCACCAUAUGGGCUUUUGUUAGUGGAUCUCUCCAAGGGUUUGCGAGGUGGGUUUAGUACUCCAUAUCACAUUUUAUAAGCGUGUAAGCUCACUUAAGUAAGUAAGUAUCCCUGCCUCACCAAUAGCUUCUGUAUAUUACUUUAUAUCACUCCUUUAAGUAUAAUUAUGACAAAGCUAUGACUCCUACUGCUAGCAAAACCUACAAGUUACUUGCCACUGCAAGCCUGGAGGGUCCAUGGUAGACUAACCAGGGGUCAGUUUUCACUCGAUAGUGGAGAGUGAAAAUAUGAAUCCCUGUUUAUGACAUUCCUAAAUAGAUACGCAAUAUUUUCUGUAUGUUUCAGCAGAACUUUACAUAAUUACUAUUGUGAUCAUUUUUAAUUGCUAUUUGAUGGAUACGUGAUUUUGCAUCACAUUGCACACUUCCCAUUGUGCAUUACCCUAGCGUGGUUAGGAAAUGUUCCAAGUAAUCAUUGAUUGUAAUGGAUAACUACAUUCCCAAGUGGGUCAAAUCAGCAAUAAGAGAUGUGCAUGCCGUUACGGAACUUGUAUAUGUGUGUCUGUCUAUCUUAGAACAAACCAUUACAACAAAACUAUAACACUCGAUUAAGUGAAUCCAGGACAUAAAAGUAGCAAAUAUUUCGCUAUUUUAUUUUUUCCUUUCCUCUCUCCUUUUUUUUUUUUUGUUGCUCUCUAAUUUCAUUGAUUUAAAAUAAAAUUCUAUAUAUGUAUAAAGGUAACAUUACAUCUGUCUUAUAAAAAAAAAAUAUAAAAACCAUACACACACACACACUUUUUUAUUUUUUUGCAAGACAGAUGUAUAUGUGUGUGUAUGCCAAGGCUCUUGAUGCAAAUCAGCUUAUGUUUCGUAUGCUUAUCGGGCACAACGACCCCCCUCCCCCUUUUUUUUUGCAUGAUCUAAAUUAAUUCCCCUUUUAUUCACUUGUGAUAUAAUUUCAAUACUUUACUUGUCUUACACGCUAACCUAUAUUUGUUUGCUUCUCGAAAAACUUUUUUUCUCAAAUAUUGAUAUUUCCUUUUUAGCAAACGAGUGGGCCCUAAAAAAAAAAAACCCAACAAAAAACGUACUACCAAACAAUUACAUAGAGCACCUUAUCACAUCAACACCGAUAGAUUACAUCACCUCUCGAACAGCCCUGCAAAUUCUACACCAGCAUCAUUAUGUAUGUGCAAGUCAUUUCAACGAAACAUCGAAUUCCAUUAUUAGUCUAAGGCAGUGCAGGACAGAGUGAUAUCCGUCUUUCCUCAAUUCUCUCUCAUUCAGACACUGAGUUAUCAUUACAUUUGCAUAAUCUGCUCCCACAACAGGAUUGGCAUUAAUUAGUAGCAAUAUAUUGUGCCUAGAUUUUCCCUUUUUAAAUUGUUUAACCCUCGCUAACCCCCCUCCCCUUCAGAAAGAUUUUCGGAGCUUAAAGGAAAUCGCUUGAAGGCCCUUAUAAGAGAAAGCCAGUUAGCAAAUUCCUGUAGGAAAUAAACACUUAUAUUUUUUUCUCUCAACAAGUUUCCAUGUGUCAGGAUUAAUACAGAUGUCUUUAAAACGUAAAAAUGACAUAGAUUUAUCUGUUUGUGAGAUGUGCAUGUACUGAUACGGGGACAAAAAUGAGAAGGCGGGGUAAUGUUUUUGAGGUGCCUUAAGAAUUCUACGGUGAUGAAUUGUCUGAGUUAAAUAACAAUCUUUGAAGUGACUUACGACAAGUAUAAUAAGAGGGAGUUAAGUUAGAGCCACAAAACAAAAAGCCCCCACCCCCCCUUUCAGAAUAUAUUUAUGAUAAAAUCAUUCCCUGUCUAUUAAAUGUAAUAUUUUUUUUUUCACAUAAAUCUUUUUUUUUUUUUUUAAAUCUUAUUAUCAAAUUCUAGAGGUAUAGAUGCCUAUAAAAAUCUUGGAAUAAUUUAUGCAAGAUCAAUUCUCAACGUUAACACGGAGCAUGUACAUUUUUAUACCAAUCCUGUAAGUGUUUAAUUAGAAGCCAUUUUGCUCGCAUAAUGAAAUAUUUGUUAUAUAAUCAGUGAAUUUACAUAUACUGUACUAUGCAGGAUGAUAAUAUUGGACUUUUAAAAAAAUCAUUUUGAAUAUAACAAUUCCACGUUUGCCAUAUUAUGCAUCAUUAAAAUAGUGUGCUUUGAAAUGAAAGUGAAGUGAUUGAUUUGCACAAAAUGUUGGUAAUUUAAACAUAGAAACAUAGAAUGUGACGGCAGAUAAGAACCAUUCGGCCCAUCUAGUCUGCCCAAUUUUCUAAAUACUUUCAUUAGUCCCUGGCCUUAUCUUAUAGUUAGGAUAGCCUUAUGCCUAUCCCAUGCAUGCUUAAACUCCUUUACUGUGUUAACCUCUACCACUUCAGCUGGAAGGCUAUUCCAUGCAUCCACUACCCUCUCAGUAAAGUAAUACUUCCUGAUAUUAUUUUUAAACCUUUGUCCCUCUAAUUUAAGACUAUGUCCUCUUGUUGUGGUAGUUUUUCUUCUUUUAAAUAUAGUCUCCUCCUUUACUGUGUUGAUUCCCUUUAUAUAUUUAAAUGUUUCUAUCAUAUCCCCCCUGUCUCGUCUUUCCUCCAAGCUAUACAUGUUAAGAUCCUUUAACCUUUCCUGGUAAGUUUUAUCCCGCAAUCCAUGAACCAGUUUAGUAGCCCUUCUCUGAACCCUCUCUAAGGUAUCAAUAUCCUUCUGAAGAUACGGUCUCCAGUACUGUGUACAAUACUCCAAGUGAGGUCUCACCAGUGUUCUGUACAAUGGCAUGAGCACUUCCCUCUUUCUACUGCUAAUACCUCUCCCUAUACAACCAAGCAUUCUGCUAGCAUUUCCUGCUGCUCUAUUACAUUGUCUGCCUACCUUUAAGUCAUCAGAAAUAAUCACCCCUAAAUCCCUUUCCUCAUAUGUUGAGGUUAGGACUCUAUCAAAUAUUCUGUACUCUGCCCUUGGGUUUUUACGUCCAAGAUGCAUUAUCUUGCACUUAUCCACAUUAAAUGUCAGUCGCCACAAUUCUGACCAUUUUUCCAGUUUACCUAAAUCAUUUGCCAUUUGGCUUAUCCCUCCUGGAACAUCAACCCUGUUACAUAUCUUAGUAUCAUCAGCAAAAAGACAUACCUUACCAUCAAGACCUUCUGCAAUAUCACUAAUAAAAAUAUUAAAGAGAAUGGGUCCAAGUACAGAUCCCUGAGGUACCCCACUGGUGACAAGUCCAAGCUUCGAAUAUAUUCCAUUAACUACAACCCUCUGUUGCCUGUCACUCAGCCACUGCCUUACCCAUUCAACAAUAUUGGAAUCCAAACUUAAAGAUUGCAGUUUAUUGAUAAGCCUUCUAACAAUACAGAUCGAUAUUUUAUAACAUAAUAAAUAAAAUGCCAUGUAGGAAGCAAUGGUAUUUUGUGUAAAAAUGUUCUUUAAAAAGUUUGAUUAUUUUUUUUUUUUUUUUUAUAUGUUUAAUAGGGACACUAUACCAAAACAACUAGCUUAAUGGAGUGGCUUUGAUGUACACACCAUGCCCAUGCAGUCUCACCGCUCAGUUCUCUGCCAUUUAGGAGUUAAAUCACUUUGUUUAUACCGCUUUAGUCACACCUCAUGUGACUUACACAGCCUUCCUAAACACUUCAUGUAAAGUCAUCUAAAGUUUACACUUCCUUUAUUGCACAGUCUGUUUAAUUUAGAAUUCCUUGAAUCUCCAGCUCUGUUAAUAACAACUUAUAAAACAACAUAAAAACUUAUAAAGCAAAUUAACGUCUGAGGAGAUGUUGCAUUGUCAGAUUCAAAAGCGAUUUAAUUCCUAAAUGCAAAUAAUUGAGCUGUGAAACUGCAGGAGCUAUACACCAAAUCUGCUUCAUUAAACUAAAGUUGUUUUGAUGCUUAUAGUUUCCAUUUUACCUAAUAUUUAAUACGUAACACAAAUAUAAAAUUUACAUAUUUUAUAAAUGUUCUUUGCAGUCUUCUAAAAGAGAGCGUUUCUUUAUUUUGCUUUUAAUCUAUAUUAUAUUGAGUUAAUAUAUAUCAGUACUCUUAAUUUAAAAAAAACAAACUGAAAGUCAGAUGUAGGCCCUAGGAAAAAAAAUUAAAUAAAUCUAUACGUUAUUUUUAAAAAGCUGACCUUUUUUAUGCUUUAACUAUAAAUAACUAUGUAUAUAUAGUCCAUUAUCUACCUUUAUUUGUUCCUGUGUUUGUUUAUAUUUCUCCUCUGUGGCGUAUUUUAAUUCACGGGCGAACAUUUUUUUGCAUUUUGAUUAACAAUGUGAAUACUAAUUAGUCAUAUUAAGGAAUUACUAAAUGUGAUGUUAAUUUUAGUCAUAACAUAGUCAUGUGUUCCGAAGUGUGGAUACUUGUAGCAAGCAGACAGACGUAGGAAUUAAAUGCGUAAAUACACACAGACAUCUUCAUGAUUGUUAUGGUGACAUAUGUGCUGCAUCUAAUGUGUACAUAUGAAAUGUAAAAUAGCAUUUUAUAUAAAUUGCCCUGGAGCAACGCUUUCUAUUGGAUUCUUGGUAAGGUCUUUGCACAGGGUUUGGCAGGUUUGUCUAACGUUUGAACCUUGUUAGUGGGGGCCUGCCUGUCCCUGUGCCAAAUAAUACAUAAGGAGAUAGGAGCUCUGAGAUCUGGAGACAUGUUCACAGCGGCCAGAAUUAUGUCAGGAAUUUGUAUCUCUCUUUACCCCAGGUAGAGAAGCUUCGUGAGUACAAAUAGCUGUGAGCUGUGCGGUAGGAAGCCUCUCCCAGGACAGACAUGCAUCGUACAGCCUUUCCAGUUAUAAGACAUAUUCUGCUGCCAUUCCUCGAAACCGAACGCAAAGCCGCGGCUUCCAGUUUCUGUCAGAGCAGAAAUACAAUUCCUACAGCUUACCAUUAUGCAGCAGUGCUUUCUAUUUUAUUAGCUUUGCUAUGCUGUUCUGCAGUAUCUUUAAUGCCAGCUGUACCAUGUUUCAAUGUUUCUAAUGGCAGCUAAACUGUCUUGCAGCCUCUAUAAUGGGAGACGUGCCAUCCUGCAGCCUCCAUACUACUGCUGAAACAUGCUGCAUGCAUUUAGAGGAGUUUAGUUUCUAUUACAGCCUCUCUAAGGGCAACUUCCCACCCUGCAGCCUGGCUAAUGGCAGCUGUGCUAUAUUGCCGCUUACCUAAUGUUAUUUUUGACAGCUGUGCCAUAUUGCUGCUUCCCCAAUAAUAUCUGUGACAUCCUGUAGCCCCCCAUCAGCAGAUAAAAUCUGCUGCAAGCAUGUAAAGGGCAUCUGUGCCGUCUUGUAGUCUCUGUGAUAAGUGUGCCAUUUUGCUGCCUCUAAUCGCAACUGUGCCAUCCUGCAGCCUCUGUUCGCAACUGUGCCAUACUGCAGGCACUGACUGCAACUGUGCCAUACUGCAGGCACUGACUGCAACUGUGCCAUCCUGCAGCUUCUGAAGGCAACUGUGCCAUCCAGCAGGCUCUGACUGCAACUGUGCCAUCCAGCAGGCUCUGACUGCAACUGUACCAUCCAGCAGGCUCUGACUGCAGCUGUACCAUCCAGCAGUCUCUGACUGCAACUGUACCAUCCAGCAGGCUCUGACUGCAACUGUGCCAUCCUGUAGGCUCUGACUGCAACUGUGCCAUCCUGCAGCUUCUGAAGGCAACUGUGCCAUCCUGCAGCCUCUGAUGGCAGCUGUGCCAUCCUGCAUCCCCUCUGACAGCAUAAAGCAGUCCCUUGCACAACCAGUGCAUGCAUCCAGCAGCCCCCUACUUCACAGGCACUUAGAUUUAGCAGGCUUCCUGCAAAACAGGUGCAGAGCUUUGCACAGGAGACCGCCUUGGGACUCCCACAUCUGGUAGGAUCCUACAGGAAAAAUGCACGCAUGCUGUUGUUUUAUUGGGCACCACUUGCUCCAUAUGUCUAUGUUGAUGCUUUCUAUGUGACUUUACUGCUGGAUCCACUUACACCAUUGACGUAGACCCAGCAGUAUUGCAACCGGCAUGUAACCAAAUACAUUCGCAUUGGUUUUGCAGAGAUAUUGGCUUUCUGUAAUGGAGUAUUCUGGGACAAUGACCCCAUUUAUUCUGCACUCUGUGGAGAGGUGCAGAGAGGUGCCAAGCAUGCGACUCCAUAUUGCUUAUAUGCGAGAACCAUAUACUUAGUAGCCUUUAAAAUACAGGACAGAUUCUCAUGUUCUGUAAAACCUGAAGCAGAUAAAGUAAAAAUUUCACGUUCCCACAACCUCUUAGGAAAAGAACCACUUCACAUAAUUUUAGCUCCUGUCAACACAAGCCGAGCGCUGCCUUGUCUCAUCUUCUCUCAAUACAGAUCUGACUGCAACCUCUCUUAGACAGACUUAGCAUAGACUACAACACAGCCUGACGUUCCCACAGCCACUCCGUUCUAGGUCAGGCUGAACCACACAUCAUCGCAGUCCAUCCCAAGACAGGUAAAACACUGCCCUAGAGCCCUCCGGUGUUUCUGGAAAAUAUUUAGCAUUCUUGCAUCUUGUCUGCGGAUAUAAUUCAGUGUCUCAAAAAAUAAGACAGUUCUUGCUACAAUACGAACAGCUUCGAUGUAAGAAGGCUCGAGGUGCUUCACAGAGUUUUGCUGUCUAUCCACAAGACCAGUGCUAUGUGACGUUGGACUAGCACUACUUCACGACCCAGUCACUGUCUGUACCUGGAUUAACACUGCUUCACGGACCUGCAGUAGCCCACAACUGACCUAGUACUGCUUAAUAUUCCAGCAACUGCCUGUACUUUGCCUAGCACCACUUUAUAGCGAAGAAACACCUGGACUAGCUCUGCUUCAUACUAGCAACUGCUGAAUUGAACAAGCACUAAUGGGCUGCCUUGCAAUUGACCACCACUGGACUAGCACUGCUUCAUAGCCUGGCCACUGUUCAACCUAGACUAUCAUUACUUAUUAGUCCAGCAUCUGCUCACAUCUGAACCUGCACUGCGUCACGGCUCAGCUACUACCCACAACUAGACUAACACUGCUUCACUACCCACUAACAUAAUAACACUACUUCACAUCCCAGCAGUCCUAAAACUGCCCGAAAUUGGACAAGUUCUGCUUCACAGCCCAGUGACCAUUCAGAACUGGAAUAGUACAAUGCCUCGAGCAUCUGUUCACAACCAGACCAGCUUCACCCUGACAAAACAGCAUCACACCUAAGCAACUGCCUGCAAUUGGACCUGCACACUUUACAGCCCAGCAACUACCGUAUCUUGAUGAGCCCAGUCUCACAGCCCAACAACUACCUAUAACUGGACAGGCACUGCUCAGCAUCUGCCUACAACUUCGCCUGCACAAUCUCAUAGCGCAGCAACAUACAGCAACUCAACCAGCUGUGUUUCGAAGCUCAGCAACUGCCCAAAACUGAACCAGCACUGCUGCACAUCCCAGCAACUACUGGACAGGUGUUACCUCCUCGUACUGCAACGCUUUUAGCAAGACAUGAGCUUUCUUAUAGACAUUCAGCAGUUCUCAAUUAAUCUCUUAUUAGUAUUCCUUCUGCACUUCAGAUGUUAAUAUGAAGAUUACUCCUUUCAGGCAACAUCAGGUACAUCAUCGCUGCAUUGCUUCACUGCAGUCUUCAGUAAUAGUCCUUCACUGUAUACCUCCUACAAGAGCACAGUUACUGCAUGAUUUAAUUGCAGGAUUUGCCAGGGAGUAGAUCUUGUCACUGCAGUAUAUCAGGUGUUAGUACAAGCACUACAUCACAUCACUGCUCACCUGUUCCAGAAUAGGGGUCACUUUACAUUAGCCUCUCCCAAGAUAGGACAAGCUUCACAACCCUUAAAAUGCCCCUCUGCCAGCUUAGUAAAGGGAGUGCAUCAGGUCACUGUAUCCUUGUACAGAAUGGUACAAUUACUGCAUCACUGAUCUCAGGACUGGAUACUGCAUCAUCUCUGCCUGAAGAUAGGACAAUCCAAGAUCACAUCAUGCAGUCCCUCUCUUAAAAUAGGAUAGUCACAAAUUCACUACGCUGCACCCUCUCUCUCUUUUUGAUGAUCAGGCAGUCACUACAUCAAUCACUGCAUCCUCUUUCAGGAAAGGAAUCACUGCAGCAAUUAGCUGUGUGAUGGAAUCCCCCUCUGUAUUAUCCAUUCUCAGUCUAAACAUUUUUAAGAGUAACCAUUUUUAAAAGAAUUAUUUCAAAUCUGCCACUUCCUUAUCAUUUCCUCCUCCCAUAACAAACAUAAUCACACUCCAUUCCUUAUCCUCAAAAUCCUUCUGGACAUGCACACACAUUGCUUCUCCCAAGCAACACUUCCGUCUGUGUAGUGCUCUGUAUAGUGCAAGGCUGUCUCUCCUGGCUCACUCCAGUACUCCCUCUCUCCGAUACCUGCUCUGUAUAGUGCAAGGCUGUCUCUCCUGGCUCACCCCACUACUGCCUCUAUCUCCGAUACCUGCUCUGUAAAGUGCAAGGCUGUCUCUCCUGGCUCACUCCAGUACUCCUUCUCUCUCAGAUCCCUGCUCUGUAUAGUGCAAGGCUGACUCUCCUGGCUCACUCCAGUACUCCUCCUUCUCUCAGAUCCCUGCUCUGUAAAGUGCAAGGCUGACUCUCCUGGCUCACUCCAGUACUCCUUCUCUCUCAGAUCCCUGCUCUGUAUAGUGCAAGGCAGACUCUCCUGGCUCACUCCAGUACUCCCUCUCUCAGAUCCCUGCUCUGUAAAGUGCAAGGCUGACUCUCCUGGCUCACUCCAGUACUCCCUAUCUCUGUUCCCUGCUCUGUAUAGUGCAAGGCUGACUCUCCUGGCUCACUCCAGUACUCCUCUCUCAGAUCCCUGCUCUGUAAAGUGCAAGGCUGACUCUCCUGGCUCACUCCAGUACUCCCUAUCUCUGUUCCCUGCUCUGUAUAGUGCAGUGCUGUCUCUCCUGGCUCACUCCAGUACUCCCUCUCUUUUAGUUCCCUGCUCUGUAUAGUGCAAGGAUGUCUCUCCUGGCUCACUCCAGUACUCCCUCUCUCUAAAUUCCCUGCUCUGUGUAUAGUGCAAGGCUGUCCCUCCAGUACCCCCUUCCCCCCAUUUCUUGCUCUGUAUAGUGGAAGUUUCCCUGAUCCCCUGUUCCUCUCCCCAGUACCCUCUGCCACCCCUUCUCUAUCACUGUAAAGUGCCACACACAUGCUGUCUCUGUUUUGAUAGUGCAAGACUUCAAAUCCCUUCUCUCACACCCCAUCUUCUCUGCCUCUACCAUGCACACACACACACACUGCUUGGGAUAUCACAGGGCUCCCUCUCCCUGCUCCAGCGGCUCCCUGUCUCACACGUUCUCUGCCUUGAAUAGUGCAAGCUCCAAAUCCUUAUUUACCCUGCUCUGUAUAAUGCAAGGCUCCCCGAUCACUUACACACUGUCCCUGCUCUGUAUAGUGCAAGGCUCCCUGAUCACACACUGUCCCUGCUCUGUAUAGUGCAAGGCUCCCUGAUCACUUACACAUUGUCCCUGCUCUGUAUAGUGCAAGGCUCUCUGAUCACACACUGUCCCUGCUCUGUAUAGUGCAAGGCUCCCCGAUCACUUACACACUGUCCCUGCUCUGUAUAGUGCAAGGCUCCCUGAUCACACACCGUCCCUGCUCUGUAUAGUGCAAGGCUCCCUGAUCACUUACACAUUGUCCCUGCUCUGUAUAGUGCAAGGCUCUCUGAUCACACACUGUCCCUGCUCUGUAUAGUGCAAGGCUCCCUGAUCACUUACACAUUGUCCCUGCUCUGUAUAGUGCAAGGCUCCCUGAUCACUUACAUAUUGUCCCUACUCUCUAUAGUGCAAGGCUCCCUGAUAACUUACACACUGCCCCUGCUCUCUAUAGUGCAAGGCUCCCUGCUCACACACUGUCCAUACUCUGUAUAGUGCAAGGCUCCCUGAUCACACAUUAUCCAUACUCUGUAUAGUACAAUGCUCCAUGCUCACACACUGUUCAUACUCUGUAUAGUACAAGGCUCCCUGCUCACACAUUGUUCAUACUCUGUAUAGUGCAAGGCUCCCUGCUCACACACUGUCCAUACUCUGUAUAGUGCAAGGCUCCCUGAUCACACAUUCUCCAUACUCUGUAUAGUACAAUGCUCCAUGCUCACACACUGUUCAUACUCUGUAUAGUACAAGGCUCCCUGCUCACACAUUGUUCAUACUCUGUAUAGUGCAAGGCUCCCUGCUCACACACUGUCCAUACUCUGUAUAGUGCAAGGCUCCCUGAUCACACAUUCUCCAUACUCUGUAUAGUACAAUGCUCCAUGCUCACACACUGUUCAUGCUCUGUAUAGUACAAGGCUCCAUGCUCACACACUGUUCAUACUCUGUAUAGUACAAGGCUCCCUGCUCACACACUGUCCAUACACUGUAUAGUGCAAGGCUCCCUGCUCACACACUGUCCAUACUCUGUAUAGUGCAAGGCUCCCUGAUCACACAUUCUCCAUACUCUGUAUAGUGCAAGGCUCCCUGCUCACACACUGUCCAUACACUGUAUAGUGCAAGGCUUCCUGCUCACACACUGUCCAUACACUGAAUAGUGCAAGGCUCCAAACCCCUGCUCUCCCUAAAAUCCUUUACAUUUACUUUCCUUACUCUGUAAUUAUAGACUCCCUCAUUCACACACACUUUCCCUGCUCAGUAUAGUUCUAGACUCCCCUCUCCCUGUCUUUCCCCAGCAACUUUCUCUGCUUUGGAUAGACCCAGGCUCCCUGUCCCCAGCACCCCUCUCUUUCACUCACUCUCUCUGCUUUGGAUAGACCCAGGCUCCCUCUCCCCAGCACCCCUCUCUUUCACUCACUCUCUCUGCUUUGGAUAGACCCAGGCUCCCUCUCCCCAGCACCCCUCUCUUUCACUCACUCUCUCUGCUAUGGAUAUACACAGGCUCCCUGUCCCCAGCACCCCUCUCUUUCACUCACUCUCUCUGCUUUGGAUAGACCCAGGCUCCCUCUCCCCAGCACCCCUCUCUUUCACUCACUCUCUCUGCUUUGGAUAGACCCAGGCUCCCUCUCCCCAGCACCCCUCUCUUUCACUCACUCUCUCUGCUUUGGAUAGACCCAGGCUCCCUCUCCCCAGCACCCCUCUCUUUCACUCACUCUCUCUGCUAUGGAUAGACCACAGGCUCCCUGUCCCCAGCACCCCUCUCUUUCACUCACUCUCUGCUUUGGAUGGGGCUCCCCUCUCCCCAGCACCCCUCUCUUUCACUCACUCUCUCUGCUUUGGAUAGACCCAGGCUCCCUCUCCCCAGCACCCCUCUCUUUCACUCACUCUCUCUGCUUUGGAUAGACCCAGGCUCCCUCUCCCCAGCACCCCUCUCUUUCACUCACUUUCUCUGCUUUGGAUAUACACAGGCUCCCUCUCCCCAGCACCCCUCUCUUUCACUCACUCUCUCUGCUUUGGAUAGACCCAGGCUCCCUCUCCCCAGCACCCCUCUCUUUCACUCACUCUCUCUGCUUCCCAGGCUCCCUGUCCCCAGCACCCCUCUCUUUCACUCACUCUCUCUGCUUUGGAUAGACCCAGGCUCCCUGUCCCCAGCACCCCUCUCUUUCACUCACUCUCUCUGCUUUGGAUAGACCCAGGCUCCCUCUCCCCAGCACCUUUCUCUUUUACUCACUUUGUCUGCAUUGGAUAGACCCAGGCUCCCUCUCCCCAGCACCUCUCUCUCAUCCCCACAAUAUCUCUGGAUAUUGCACAAACUAUCUCACACUUUUACUUUCCCUGGUUUGGAUAUUGCAAAGCCCCCUCUCCCUGCUCCACUCCCUGCCUUUUCGCUUCUCACCCCUGCCUCCCAUUCCACCUCUUCUCCCCUCCUAUUCUGCAUGUGAAUCAGCUGCCUGCAGCCUCUCCUGCCCACUAAUCUUCUACCAGUGGGUGUCGUUGUAAUUCCCCCUUAUACAGUGUCACUCUUUGAGAUGACCUCAAGUCAGGCAGAGUUUGAAAGCGUCGAUCACUUUCAAUAGUAAGGCAGACACCAGCUCCUCAUCUACAGAGAAGGAUGUGAAGACAUGCACUGCAGAUUGCUAGACUACUUGCCUGUAUCAUCACUGACAAUCCAGUCACUUAUUUUCCAUUGAGCAACCAACAAAACCUUUUAUUUGCCCAAUUACACUUUUUUUAUUUUAUUUUUAUUUUUAUUUUUGCAUUUCAAUUCUAAAGGUAGUGCAUUUUUCUAUAAUUACUUUUAACUGCAGAAUGAUUGCUCUAGGUGAGAAUUUUCAAUCCUGAAGAAAUUCGCAAUUUAUAAAAAAACAAAACAACCUUUUGUAUUUAAACUUUAGGAUCAGACCUAUGUGUAUUUAUUUUUCUUUAAUGUUGUCAUUUUUUUCCCUCUUUGAAUUUUUCAUAGUUUAUUUAUUUGCCGAUAAAGUCUUUUUUUGUAUCUGCUUUGUAAGAUGCCCUUGAAUUUGUAACUUAACGUUUUUCAAAAUUAUUUUUUGGAACAUUUUCUGCUGUACUGAUGAUGUCAUGUUUAUUUAAUACUGUUGCUAGUCUAUUUUACCAUCUGUUUAAGUAACUCCUAGGUAACUAAAGUCUUUUUUUUUUGUGUGUGCUUCAAUUCGUUUGCCAGGAUCAGCCAGCAGAGGGAUCUCUGAUCGAGGCAGGGUUAAACUCGACCCAGGAUGAUGAUAAGACCGCAGCUUUGGUUGUUCGCUCUGGUGUCAAUGUCCUGUACUGCCCAAGAAGGAAGAGGAGGCUAUGGGAUGAACAUGUUUUCUAUCCAAACUUCUCAACCUGAUCCCUGCUAUGAUGAGAAUGGAAACCCAAGGAGGUGUAUCCCUGAUUUUGUCAACUCAGCUUUUGGAAAAGAGGUGAAAGUGUCCAGCACUUGUGGGAAAAGUCCAUCACGAUACUGUGUAGUGACAGAGAAAGGGGAAGAUAGAUUUCGGAACUGUCACAUCUGCAAUAUGUCCGACCCAAAGAAAGCUCACCCUCCAUCCUUCCUUACGGACCUCAACAACCCUCAUAAUUUGACCUGUUGGCAGUCUGAGAAUUAUAUCCAGUACCCCCAAAAUGUCACACUUACUCUGUCUCUUGGGAAGAAAUUUGAGGUGACCUACGUGAGUCUCCAGUUCUGUUCUCCAAGACCAGAGUCCAUGGCAAUCUAUAAGUCAAUGGACUAUGGCAAGUCUUGGGUACCAUUUCAGUUCUACUCGACACAAUGUAGAAAGAUGUACAACAAACCCAAUAAGGCAGUCAUCACCAAGCAGAAUGAGCAAGAGGCUAUCUGUACAGACUCUCAUACAGACAUGCACCCUCUUACAGGAGGAUUAAUUGCCUUCAGCACUUUGGAUGGUCGGCCAUCAGCUCAUGACUUUGAUAAUUCUCCUGUGCUCCAGGACUGGGUGACGGCAACUGACAUCAAAGUGGUCUUCAGUCGCCUCCAUACCUAUGGAGAUGAGAAUGAAGACGAUUCUGAACUUGCCAGAGACUCUUACUUUUAUGCCGCUUCAGAUCUACAGGUGGGUGGUCGUUGCAAGUGCAAUGGCCAUGCUUCCAGGUGUGUCAAAGAUCGAGAUGAUAACUUAGUUUGUGACUGCAAACACAAUACAGCAGGACCAGAGUGUGACAGAUGUAAGCCUUUCCAUUAUGACCGACCUUGGCAGAGAGCUACGGCAAGAGAAGCCAACGAAUGUGUGGGUAAGUAGGUAUUCUCCUUAGUGAGCUUAAUAAGCGUAUGAGUAAAUAGGUAUGCUUCAAAGUGCACUUAAUAACUGUGUAGGUGACUAGGCUUGCCUAAUAGUAAGCUUAAUAAAUAUAAUAAUAAUGUGGUGAAUAGAUAUGCUUCACAGGUUAAUGAAUGAGUUGGUGGAUAAGUGUUCAUCAAGAUAUACUUUAUUGUAAAUUUAAUGAAUGUGUUGGUGAAUAGGUGGGCAGCAUUGCGCACUUAAUGAAUUUACAGGUCUUUAGGUUUGCUUUAUAAUAAACCUUUUUUUAUGGUAUGAACCCGGUGAUCACUGGUGUGUGGUUUUGCAUGGACCCUUCCUUGAUUAUUUGAACGUAGAAUGCAACUCUGAAACAGAGUUGAGGACACACAAUCAUGAUAGGGAUUGUAGUUUAUCGUGAGAUGGGGAGCUGUAGUUUGAAUGAACAGUUGCGUAAGAGGUAUACAUUCAAAUGUAGUAUGGCCACCUGUGGCACAGGACCACUGUCUACACGUUUUGCAAUUUAGAGGACAGGCAUUGGUAAUCAAUAGUAAGUUGUAAUUGGGAUGCGAAGGAAGACUGUGCAUGAAGCGCAGCAAAAGUUGGGAAAUGUAAAAAAUGAAAGAACAAAGAAAAAAACCAAGACUGUUAAUUUUUCAUGAAUUUGAUUAAGCUAUGUGAUUGAGGGUUUAUCAAAGUUUAUGGUUAGCAUUUCAGAUAUACAUUUUUACGGUUCCUGUCUGAUGAUCCUUAAUUGUGUUCUACCAAGCUAUCAGACAGAGUUUGGGAUCCCAAGCUACAUGUCUGGAGGCUGGCUAAAACUUAUUUGCCAUCCCUUGGGAUACAGUCUGGUUAGCCACUUAGACAGUUCAGAUUAUUUCCCGAAAACUAAAGGUAUAAUUAUAGGAUAGUCAUAUAUUGUUUACUUUACUUCAAUUUUAUAGCUAUUGAUUCCCAAAUGUAACUGUUUGUCCUGUAUUUUCAAUAUCUGUUUGUCUCUCUUUUUUUCACUUUCUCUCUCGCUGUCUGUGUUGCUCUCUCCGUUUUCACUU